AUGUCUGACAACCGCAACAACCACAAGGAACCCUCUAAGCGGGAGUCUCGCAGGGACAGGUGGGCUAUGGAUGUCGCUAAGUCUGGUGGAAUCAUUGGACCCGUCGAGUUCAAGGGCCCAACCGAGCAGCAGCCCGCCGGAGCCAAGAGCUCUUCUAACGGUGUUUCCCUCACUGACAUGGGUCAACGUCUUCUUGGUGCCGAAUCUUCCAAGGAUGCUUCCAUUGCUGCCAUAGGCCAACGUCUUCCUACUUCCCAGCUCACAGUCGCCAUCCAGUUCCCCCAUGGCGAAGUCUGCUUGCCCUGGCCUGUUGUUGGCCGCUUCCCCGUGUUCGCUGCGAUGUUUGAGGGUGGUAUUCUCAAGUGGCCUGGUAUUUCCCAGCGUCAGGCUCAAAUCAUCACUCAUUACCUACAGACCGGCAACUACAAUAUGGUUCCCUGCAACAUUUUGAUCCAUGAGGAGAGGUUGGAGCGGGAGUUCGCCGAUGCUUUGGCAGUCAACGCUCAAGCGGCUGCUUUCCAUCUUCCUGAGCUUUCCGGUCUGGCUCUGACCCACAUGGAGCAGUAUGGAAACAUGAUUUCCCUUACCAGAAUCCUGGUCAACUUCAUGGCUCAGGGCGAAUGGUACCAGCGAAAUGGACUCUAUGUUAUAGACUACGUGAUUCGCCGUUCAACCUCCACGAUCCCGCCAGCAUUUCAGGCUGACCGCAGGGAGUUUCGACUCCAAACUGGCGAUCCCCUGAUCGACGGCCUUGUUGGUGCAAUCAACAGUCUCCGCUUCCCUUACCUGCCCUCUCCUCCUCCCCCUCCCCCUCCCCAUCGCCACUACUAA